AUGGAUGAUAAAACAGUUUUUCAUGAGGAAUUCAUUCAUUACCUUAAAUAUGCUAUGGUGGUCUAUAAACGGGAACCAGCUGUGGAGCGAGUAAUGGAAUUUGCAGCAAAGUUUGUUACUUCAUUUCACCAAUCAGAGGUGGAAGAUGAUGACAGUGAUGAUGAAGAUGAUGGUGGCAUUUUAACUGAUUUGUUUACUUUUCUCUUAAAGUCUCAUGAAGCAAACAGCAAUGCAGUCAGAUUUAGAGUGUGCCAACUGAUAAACAAGCUCUUAGGAAGUAUGCCGGAAAAUGCUCAGAUCGAUGAUGAUUUGUUUGAUAAAAUUAAUGAAGCCAUGCUUAUUAGAUUGAAAGAUAAAAUUCCAAAUGUGAGAAUACAGGCAGUUCUGGCCCUUUCACGACUUCAGGAUCCCAAAAAUGAUGACUGCCCAGUGGUUGAUGCAUAUGCUACUUUGAUUGAAAAUGACUCAAAUCCAGAAGUUAGGCGAGCAGUGUUAUCCUGUAUUGCACCAUCAGCAAAGACUUUGCCCAAAAUUGUAGGGCGCACGAAGGAUGUAAAAGAGGCUGUCAGAAAGCUGGCUUAUCAGGUUUUGGCUGAAAAGGUUCAUAUGAGAGCCCUGUCCAUUGCUCAGAGAGUCCUGCUCCUUCAACAAGGUCUUAAUGACAGAUCAGCUGCAGUGAAACAAGCAACUGAGAAGCAUCUUCUCCAAGGCUGGUUGCGUUUCACUGAAGGAGAUAUUUUAGCGUUGCUUCAUCGGUUGGAUGUGGAAAAUUCAUCUGAAGUGGCAGUCUCUGUUCUCCAUGCCUUAUUUUCAAUGACUCCUCUUAGUGAACUGGUGGGGACCUGUACAAGCAGUGACACCAGGAAAUUAAUUCCAGUGGAAACAUUGACUCCUGAAAUUGCACUGUAUUGGCAUGUCCUUUGUGAAUAUUUGAAAUCAAAAGGAGACGAAGGUGAAGAAUUUUUAGAGCAGAUUUUGCCGGAGCCUGUUGUCUAUGCAGAGUAUUUACUCAGUUACAUUCGGAGCAUUCCAGUUGUUAAUGAUGAACAGAGAGGUGAUUUUGCCUAUAUUGGAAAUUUGAUGACAAAAGAGUUCAUAGGUCAACAAUUGAUUCUAAUUAUCAAGUCUUUGGAUACCGAUGAGGAAGGAGGAAGAAAACGACUCCUGGCUAUCUUACAGGAGAUUCUUACUCUGCCCACAACCCCAAUCUCACUGAUUGCUUUCCUUGUUGAGAGACUACUCCACAUCAUUACAGAUGAUAAUAAGAGGACACAAAUUGUCACAGAAAUCAUCUCAGAGAUUCGGGCACCCAUUGUUACUGUUGGUGUUAAUGAGGAUUUAGCUGAUGCAAGAAAGAAUGAACUCAAGAUGGCAGAAAUAAAAGUUAAACUUAUUGAGGCCAAAGAAGCUUUAGAAAAUUGCAUUACUAUACAGGAUUUUAAUCAGGCAUCAAAACUGAAAGAAGAAAUAAAAGCAUUAGAAGAUGCCAAAAUAAAUCUAUUGAAAGAGACAGAGCAACCUGAAAUUAAAGAAGUCCAAAUAGAGAAGAAUGAUUCUGAAACACUCCAGAAGUGUCUUAUUUUGUGUUAUGAACUGUUAAAGCUGAUGUCCAUUUCGACAGGUAUAAGUGCAACCAUGAAUGGGAUCAUUGAAUCUCUGAUUCUCCCUGGAAUAAUAAGUGUUCAUCCUGUAGUAAGAAAUAUGGCUGUUUUAUGCUUGGGGUGCUGUGGACUACAGAAUCAGGAUUUUGCAAGUAAACACUUUGUAUUACUAUUGCAGAUUUUGCAAAUUGAUGAUGUCACAGUGAAAAUGAGUGCUUUAAAAGCAAUCUUUGACCAGCUGAUGACUUUUGGGAUUGAACCAUUUAAAACUAAAAAACUACCCGCCCCUCAAAGUGAAGAAGACCCAGAGCUAACUGGUGAUGCCCACGAGCAGGAGUCAAGUGAAGCUGAGGAGGAGACUGCGGCCGCUAAGAACGUGCUGAAGCUCCUUUCUGAUUUCCUAGACAACGAGGGUUCUGAGCUCAGAACAGGAGCGGCUGAAGGCCUGGCCAAGCUGCUGUUCUCCGGGCUUCUGCUCAGCAGCAGGAUCCUCUCCCGCCUCGUCUUGUUGUGGUACAAUCCUGUGACCGAAGAGGACGUCCGGCUUCGACACUGCCUCGGCGUCUUCUUCCCCGUGUUUGCUUACGCAAGCAGGACCAAUCAGGAAUGCUUUGAAGAAGCUUUUCUUCCAACUCUGCAAACAGUGACCAAUGCCCCUGCGUCGUCUCCUUUAGCCGAGAUAGAUAUUAUCAAUGUUGCUGAGUUGCUUGUAGACUUAACAAGGCCAAGUGGAUUGAACCCGCAGAACAAGAAUUCCCAAGAUUAUCAGGCCUUAACGGUACAUGACAAUUUGGCUAUGAAGCUUUGCAAUGAGAUCUUAGCAAAUCCAUGUUCACCAGACAUCCGGGUCUAUGCCAAAGCCUUGAGUUCUUUAGAGCUCAGUAGCUGUAUCACAAAAGAUCUUCUGGUUUUGCUGAAUGAGAUGCUGGAGCAAGUAAAAGAUAGGCUGUGUCUGAGAGCUGUGGAGAAAGUGAAGACUCAGUUAGAAAAAGGAAAUCAAGAGUGUGGUGACCAACCCGCAGCAGCCCGGGAUGCCCAGAUGACAAUGACUACGCAGAAUGAAGACGAAAAGAAUAAGGAAACAUACAAGACUCCUCUUAGGGUUACGAAAGCGACCCGAGCAUCAAAAUCCACCCAGCAGAGGACUAACAGAGGACGGAGAAGAGUGACAGCUUCGGUGAGAGUGAGCAGGAGACGCCACACAGCUGAGGCUGACUCGGAAAGUGACUGUGACGUUCCAGAGCCAGAGUCAGAAAUGAAGAUGAGGUUACCAAGACGGGCCAAGACAGCAGCACUAGAGAAAAGCAAGCUGAAUCUUGCACAGUUUCUCAAUGAAGACAGAAGUUAA